GCGCAUGCGCAGACCAUACGCGUUGGUGUUGAACGUGAAGUGACAGCAAGUUCACUUCGGACCUCCCUUGACAUGACACACACCUAAAAAAAACGCCCGUUUAGGUGGAAAUUGGUAAUUCAGUCACCGAGUACGAGUGCAUGAUCUGCUCACAGGACGAGGACAAAAAGAAGUGGAAGAGAAACGAAAGCGUGAAACACACUGAGAAUGACGGCCACUCUGGAGCUGCUGGAGCUGAGGAGGAGAGUGGCGUCCGAGCUGACCACCGCGGGGUCGGGACCGCAGGUCAAAGCCGGGGUCCAGUCCAUGGCCGAGCUCCCUCUGCCCCUGAACCAGAAGUACCUUAGCAUCGACGCCGCGGCCAUAGUGCGGGGGAACACCGUGGGCGACGGCAGGGCGCAGGUUAUGGAGCGAAUGGGCAGACUGGUCAAAGCUCUGAAUGUUUUGGAGAAGUAUGGCCUCAACCUGCACAACCUCGCCAGACCCCGUUACUGGCGCAGUGUCAAACACAACAACCCCAUCUUCAAAGCUCAGGUGGACAGCAUGCAGGGUGGGCGGGGCAUCCUCUAUCUCUAUGGUUACACCGUCCAGCAGGUCGACGGCCUGGUGUUCCCUGACGACGUCCUGCAGCCCGAUAGAGACAAGGUCGCCGCGGUGACCCUGGAGGUCACGUGCCUGCGCUUGGAGCUGGAGAUGCUCAUCAAGGGAAACCAUCCUAAUCCAGAUUUCUUAAAGACGUCCUCCCAUUGGUCGUUCCAGAGGUCCAGCAGCAGAGGAACGAGGAGGUGGCGGCCCCCCCCCCUUACGGACGUCAACAGAUCGACGGCCCUGCCCCCCAAACCCAUCAGCCCCGCCCCCCCGACCCCACCCCAGCCCCCGCUCCCUGCCCCCGUCCAGAACCCCCCCCCCCCCCCCCACUGGAACCCCCCGUCCUCCCUGGAUUUCGAUCAAUCUCCCUACACCACCCCCCCUUCUUCCCCCCCGACCUCGCCUCCCCCCACCUCCCCUCAGCCCACCUCGCCUCCCCCCCCGCCCCCACCGGGGCCUCCCCCGUGA